AUGACGCCGCACCGGCAGCCCCGGCGAGGCGCUUUGCGGGGCUGCCGGCCGCCGUCUCGCCCAGCGCGGCUGCGCGCUUUCCCCGGCGCCCCGCCCCUUUUCCUCCGCAGCGCCGGCGGGGCGGAGCUCUUUCCUUUCACGCCGGCCUCGGCCUCGAGUAGCCGCUUCUGCCAUCACCUCUGCGGGGAAAAGACGCAGGAAAUGCCCGCGGCCCCCCGCUUCGAGUCCCAGAGCGAGGACGACAUGGAGCCCGAGACCCCCACGGAGCCCGAGGCAGCCCCGCACAGCGGCCGCCCCAAAAAGAGCAAGAAGAAUAAAAAAGAUAAAUCAGAAAAGAAGAAACUGAAAAAGCAUACAUUAGUUGAGACUGAAUUAUUGGAUUUGGACUUGGAGCCACCAAAACCAAAGAAAAUGAAAAAAAAGAAAGAAAUAGCUGAUAAAAAUGAAGAUGCAAUUGCAAAAUGCAAUUCAAUAUUUUACAUGAGUAAUGGGGUAAAGCACUCAAAAAAGGAGAAUAAUUCUAGUGAAGAUUCACAUACAGAAUGUGAAAGUGAUCAAGAGCAGGAAUUAACAGCAGAACAAAAGGAAGGUGCUUUUGCCAAUUUUGAUAUCUCUAAAGCAACUGUUGAUCUUCUGAAAGCUCGUGGCGUCACCUACUUGUUUCCAGUACAAGUGAAGACUUUCAUGCCGAUACUUGAAGGCAAAGAUGUAAUCGCCCAAGCUCGGACAGGAACAGGGAAAACAUUCUCCUUUGCUAUUCCAUUGAUUGAAAAACUUGAUAGAGAUCCACAAGAAAGAAAAAGAGGCCGUUCCCCAAAGGUACUAGUUCUGACUCCAACCAGAGAAUUGGCAAUGCAGGUUGCCAGAGACUUCAAAGAUAUUACAAAGAAACUUACUGUGGCUUGUUUUUAUGGAGGAACGGCGUAUAAUGGACAAUUGGAUUUAAUUAGAAAUGGCAUUGACAUCCUGGUUGGGACUCCCGGUCGAAUAAAAGAUCACCUCCAAAAUAAUAAAUUGGACUUUUCUAAAUUGAGACAUGUUGUCUUGGAUGAAGUUGAUCAGAUGUUGGAUAUGGGAUUUGCUGAACAAGUAGAAGAAAUCUUAGUGAAUUCUUAUAAGAAAGAUUCUGAAGAUAAUCCACAGACACUCUUGUUUUCUGCAACGUGCCCUCAGUGGGUUUACAAUGUAGCAAAGAAAUAUAUGAAAUCCAAAUAUGAGCAAUUUGAUCUAAUUGGAAAGAAGACUAAAAAAACUGCAACAACUGUAGAGCAUUUGGCCAUUGAAUGUCAUUGGUCCCAAAGAGCUGCAGUGAUUGGAGAUGUCAUUCAAGUCUACAGCGGGAGUCAUGGACGAACCAUAAUAUUUUGUGAAACAAAAAAAGAAGCAACUGAACUGGCCCUUAAUGCCUCAAUAAAACAGGACGCACAAUCUUUACAUGGUGAUAUUCCACAAAAACAGAGAGAGGUCACUUUGAAAGGCUUUCGUAAUGGAGCGUUUGAAGUACUGGUUGCAACUAAUGUGGCUGCCCGUGGCUUAGAUAUUCCAGAAGUUGAUCUGGUAAUACAGGGUUCCCCACCGAAGGAUGUGGAGUCUUAUAUUCAUCGCUCUGGACGCACAGGCAGAGCUGGACGGACUGGGCUCUGUAUUUGUUUCUACCAGCGCAGGGAAGAUUAUCAGCUGAAACAAGUAGAACAAAAAGCGGGCAUUACAUUUAAACGUGUAGGUGUUCCUACAGCAACAGACAUAAUUAAAGCUUCCAGUAAAGAUGCAAUCAGAUCGUUGGAUUCUGUUCCUCCAUCUGCCAUUGACUACUUCAGACAAUCUGCUGAACAGCUGAUAGAAGAAAAAGGGGCCGUGGAAGCUCUGGCUGCAGCCCUGGCUCAUAUCUCAGGAGCUACAUCCAUUGAACAGCGCUCUUUGCUCAACUCUGAUGUGGGUUAUGUGACCAUGAUACUUCAGUGCUCGGUAGAAAUGCAUGCCACUGGUUACGCUUGGAGGGGCCUGAAAGAACAAUUAGGCGAGGACAUUGACAACAAAAUAUCCAGAAUGUGUUUUCUCAAAGGAAAAAUGGGCGUAUGUUUUGAUAUUCCAAAAACUGAAUUAAAUAAAAUAAAGGAAACAUGGCAAGAUACAAGACGCUGGGAACUUUCUGUAGCGACAGAAUUGCCUGAGCUUGAAAAUUCACCACGUGACGGAGGCCGAAAUCCAGGCAUGGAAUUCAGGAAUGGAAGACGAAACGGUGGUUUCAACAGGAACGAUCGAUUCAGAAACAGGGGCCAAAAACGGAACUAUAAUCAAGCUUUUUGAUAAUUUGUUAAUAUAUCAAAAUGGGACUUGAACUUCUUGUUUUAGCAUAAGUAAAGUUAAUUUACACUUUAUUUAUUAGCCUGGCAAUUUGUGUUUGAAUUAUUAGCCUGGAUGUGUCUCAUUCAUUCAAUUUGGGCUGCAAAAAUUCAGGUUGAAAAGAUUAUUUAAGCACAAGGACUGCUACGCUGUCACAAUCAGUUGCAGUGCCCCAAUAUCUUGGGCACAAGUAAAUCUCUAACCUUUGGAGAUUGGUGGCAUGUUAGAAAUUUUGAGAAUAUGUCGUGGAUGCUCCCUAUGGCUUUUCCCCCCUCCCCCAUUCUCUAUUAUUUCACUUUUUCCAGACCAAUGAGAAUUUCUAAUGAAACAGUGAAUCUACACAGUCAUCUAUUCUUGCUUUUUAAGAAAGCUUUUGAGGAUCAUUUCAUACCGAAUUUCCAAUUCUUGGAAAUUGAGAUUUAUUCAUUCAGUUGGCUUCCCUUUUUAAAAAAAUACGGUAAUUUAGUUAAAUCAGAGCCAUGAGUAUGACAGGUGCCUUGGAUGUUAAAUUAACUUCAAGGACAUAUGUGGCAGAAGUAGGACAAAAGGCAACUGAAUAUAAUUCUAAAGACAUUUUUACAAAAGCCCAUGUAUCUGGAAGAGUGCAUUCAAUGUGGGGUUUUUUUUGUAUAUGCCCUAACAUGGAAGAAGGAGACACUCAAUUUAUUCAACUUAAAUUGAAAAUACAUUUUAAAUCAAAAUUGCAGAAGUUGAAAUUGUAUUGUUCAUGUUUUACUUUUUCUAUAAUACAUUCCUUUACUGGUAUAAGUAAA